AUGGCAGCGCCCUUGGUGAUGAGACAUGUUCUGCAACAAGUUAGGAACCGUGUCUUUUUAGCAAGACAUGACACUAGCAGCGCUGUUCCAACACGGUUGCUUAGUGUUUCCAGAUGUCUGGCUGCACAUUUUUACACAGACAAGCAUGAAUGGGUGUCAAUAAGUAAUGGGAAGGGAACUGUUGGAAUUUCACAUUACGCUCAGGAGCAACUGGGUGAAAUUGUUUAUGUUGAGACUCCAGAAGUGGGCACAAAGUUGGAAGCUAAUGAUGUCGCUGGCUGUCUGGAAAGUGUCAAGGCCGCAAGUGAAGUGUUUAGUCCAGUAGGUGGUACAGUGACGGAGGUCAACAAACAGUUGGCAGACAAACCAAGCUUGGUCAACUCCUCACCUCUUGCAGACGGUUGGCUGUUCAAGCUAGAUCUACAUCCAAACACAAAAACUGACACCCUGAUGACCGAGGAAGCUUACCAAAAAUUCAUUGGUACCAUUGAAGGGAACUGA